GGAGUCUUAAUGAAUCCCUGGAGAUAACAAAAUCUGUUCGUGCCGGAGGGCCGGGCCAGUUGUCUGCAGGCAGGCCAAGGGUCACGGGCCUGCAGGAGGCUGGUUCGGAUGACGUUUAAUAAGAUUUGGCGGGUUCUGAGGGAGGCUGGACUCACAGGAAGAUUUUGGGCCACUUUCAUUUACAUGAAGAGGUAUCUUAGGGCUGAGAUCUAAAACUAUAAUUGAACUUCUUACAUGUUUCAUCUCUACAUCUUAACUUGAAGGUAUCUUUGUGUAUCUGUGGGGUCCCAAUGGGAAACUUCAUAGCAAAGACUGCAGGGUCUUCCUUCUGACCCUAGAAGAUCCUGUCAAGCCUUCAGACUUCAACAGAAUUGGAGAACCUGAGCAGAGCAGAGUUACCAACAAGAGAGCCUGGGGACAGCGUUAACAUGGUGCCUACCCAAGACCCUCCUCAGCCAGGGAGGCAUGCCAAGGCCUGUGAGGUCCCAGUGUCAUUUGAGGAUGUGGCAGUAGAUUUCAGUAGAGAGGAAUGGCAGCAAUUGGACACUUCGCAAAGAUGCCUGUACCAGGAUGUAAUGCUGGAGAACUACAGCCACCUGCUCUCAGUGGGGUUUAAAGUUCCCAAACCAGAGGUCAUCUUCAAGUUGGAGCAAGGAGAAGAACCAUGGACAUUGGAGGAGGAAGACACACAUGAAAGCUGUUCAGAUGGAAAGUUUAGGAUUAAGAACUCACAGAAAAGAACUUGUGGAAAAGCCACAUUUUAUGGUGAAACAGUGGAUGAAGAUUCAAGGGAUGAUUCAUUGUAUUCCAUUUUAGAAGAACUGUGGAAAGAUGCUGAACAGAUCACAAGAUACCAGAGAAAACAGAACAACCCUUUGAAUUAUUCUGCGUUCAAUAAGAAAAUAGUGAAUGCCAAGAGGGAUUAUGAAGGUAUAGACAUUGGAAAGCAUGUAGACCCCAAACCAAAUGUUGUUCCUUCACAGAGAAGACCCCAUAAGAAAGACUUGUUUCAAAAUCAUUUUAAGCAUAAUUUAGACUUACAUGUUCAUAAUAAAAACAAAGCAACAAAGAAUUUUGACAAAAUAAUAGGGCACAGGCAAAUUUUUGCCAAUAGUUCUUCUUAUACUAACCUUGAAAAUCCACAUGUGGGAGCAGAAUUCUGUGAAAAUAAUCAGUAUGGAAAAGUCCUCAGAAUCAAGCAUACACAUAGUCAAAGUACGAUAUUUCCUGUUGAGGAAAAGGCAAAAACAUGUGCUGCAUUUGGAAAAAUCUUCACCCCAAAAUCACAUUUCUUCAUUCCUUCCGGAAUUCACAAAGUGGAAAAACACCACGAACUUAGCAAAUGUGUAAAUGUUUUUACACAGAAACCACUACUUAGUAUAUAUCUGAGAGUUCAUAGAGAUGAAAAACUAUACAUAUGUACUAAAUGCGGGAAGGCAUUCAUCCAGAAUUCUGAAUUAAUGGUGCAUGAGAAAACUCACACUAGAGAAAAACCCUACAAAUGCAGUGAAUGUGGAAAAUCAUUUUUCCAGCUGUCAUCUCUACUCAGGCAUCAAACAACCCACACUGGAGAAAAACUCUAUAAAUGCAGUGAAUGUGGGAAAGAUUUCUCUUUGAGCUCAGCCCUCAAUAUACACCAGAAAAUCCAUACUGGAGAGAGACAUCACAAAUGUAAUGAGUGUGGGAAAGCCUUUACCCAAAAGUCAACACUCCGAAUGCAUCAGAGAAUUCACACAGGGGAGAGAUCCUAUAUAUGUACUAAAUGUGGGCAGGCCUUCAUCCAGAAGGCACACUUGAUUGCACAUCAAAGAAUUCAUACUGGAGAAAAGCCGUAUGAGUGCAGUGACUGUGGAAAAUCCUUCCCUUCUAAGUCCCAACUUCAGAUGCAUAAGCGAAUUCACACGGGAGAAAAACCCUACAUAUGCACCGUGUGUGGGAAGGCUUUCACCAACAGGUCAAACCUCAAUACUCACCAGAAGUCUCAUACCGGAGAGAAGUCUUACAUAUGUGCUGAAUGUGGAAAGGCCUUUACUGACAGGUCAAAUUUCAAUAAGCACCAGACCAUUCAUACUGGAGAAAAACCCCACGUUUGUGCCAGUUGUGGGAGGGCCUUCAUUCAGAAGUCACAGUUAGUUACACACCAGAGAGUUCACACUAUGGAGAAGCCUUAUAAAUGUCCUGUCUGUGAGAAAUCCUUCUUCAAGAAACCACAUCUCAAAGUACAUCAGCGAAUCCACACAGGAGAGAAACCAUAUAUAUGUUCAGAGUGUGGGAAGGCCUUUACUGACAGGUCUAAUUUCAACAAACACCAGACUGUUCACACUGGGGAUAAACCUUACAAGUGCAGUGACUGUGGAAAGGGCUUUACUCAGAAAUCAGUCCUUAGUAUGCAUCGCAGCAUUCAUACCUGAAAAGAACCGUGCUUCAUCAAACCAAGACAGCCUUAUGAUAGAAGUCAAAUCUAAGUGUAUAAGAUUGAUCUAAGCCAAACUUUAUAUAAAUAACCUAUAUGAAACAUCCAGCUAUCUCACCCAGAUGAGAAAAGUUAUUUUGAAAAGACCCUUUAGGAAUACAUCAAAAAGGGAAUUUCUGUAUUUGCAUAGCCUCACAAAACAAUAGAAUUUAUAUUGGGAAAAAUAAUGUUAGUUUAUAUAUUAAGAACCAUCUUCCUAUAGAAAGCGUUAC